CGUGGCCCCGCCCUUAGGCGAUUGCGCCUGCGUGGCUAUGGCGGCGCCCUGUUCGGAGAUGGAGACUGUAGCAGCGGCGGCAUCAGGAGCGGAGGAGCUGGUGUGCGCGCAGGGCCGGAACCGCAAGGCUGUGCUGUGCCAACGUUGCGGCUCCCGCGUCCUUCUGCCUGGGGCCGCCAUUUUCGCCCGCAGAGAGCUUUUUCUUCCUUCCAUGAAGAAGAAGACAGCGCUGGUGUGUAACAGUGACCCAGAUGGGGAUGUCCUACAGAACCACUGGCUGGUUGAUGACAUGUUCUCUUUCGAAAAUGUUGGCUUCACCAAGGAUGUUGGAAACAUAAAGUUCCUGGUCUGUGCAGACUGUGAAAUUGGCCCUAUUGGCUGGCACUGCUUGGAUGACAAAAAGAGUUUCUAUGUGGCCUUGGACCGUGUGUCUCAUGAAUGACAUGCUGACUGGUGACCAAAAGAUCAAUCAGCCUCCUAUCAGCUGGCUGUUCCAUUCUAUAGAUAUUCUGCUUCUUUUUAGUGAACGAAUGUCAAGUUUGUAACACCAACAUUCAGGCUUGAAAACAGCACAAGCAUGAUGCCCUAAUAUAGUGCAUUAAAAGAAGUAUCUGUUUAUAUUGUAACAGCUCCCUUGAACCUCUAUUUCAUAUAAGUAAUCCCCAAUUUCUAUUCCUGCUAAUUUCUUUCAGAUUACAUGGAUGUAUUCUGAGACCAAGGACCUCAUGCAAUUGGUGGUUCACCUCAUUCCAUUAAUAUUUCAAUUUAAGAAUUGAAUAUGUUGGACUAUUUAUCCUUUGAUUAGUGGACAUAUAAUGCAGCUUGGAAUAAUAUUUCCUGGCCACUUUCUGUAGCACUGUAUCCAGAUUUAUGGUAUUCUAUGUUAUUUUAGACCAAAGGUUGUAUACUUUUGACUAUGUUUACAAGCAGGCGGCUGAAUCCCAGAGUUUUCACUUUAUGAUCAUGAUCUGGAUUGCCAGGAAAUCAAUUUAAGUUUCAUAGUUGCAAAAAAUAAAAAUCACAAAACUGCAAAAAGAGGAUGUUAGUGGAUACUUUAGUUGUUAUGAAUAUUUGUAUUGAAUUAAACUUAAUCCAUGAU